AAUAAGUGGACAUCACUCUCACCUCCCGCGCCCAUCUCCUCUUCAUCUCUCUUCCUUCUUCUGCCUUUUCCCGAAUCAGUCUUGAUCCCCAGUUCAAACUCCGCAAAGCAUAAUGGCCUCCCACAUUGUUGGAUACCCCCGCAUGGGGCCAAAGAGGGAGCUCAAGUUUGCUUUAGAAUCCUUCUGGGAUGGGAAGAGCAGUGCUGAGGACUUGCAGAAGGUGGCUGCUGAUCUCAGGGCAUCCAUCUGGAAACAGAUGGCUGAUGCUGGUAUCAAGCAUAUCCCUAGCAAUACCUUCUCUUACUAUGAUCAGAUGCUUGACACAACAGCAAUGCUUGGAGCUGUUCCUGACAGAUACAAUUGGACUGGUGGUGAGAUUGGUUUUGACACUUACUUCUCCAUGGCCAGAGGGAAUGCCUCUGUACCUGCUAUGGAAAUGACCAAAUGGUUUGACACCAACUAUCACUUCAUUGUUCCUGAACUAGGACCCAACACGAAGUUCUCUUAUGCUUCUCACAAGGCAGUAAACGAAUACAAAGAAGCCAAGGAGCUUGGAGUCAAUACUGUUCCAGUCAUUAUAGGUCCUGUCUCCUACUUGUUGCUAUCAAAACCAGCCAAGGGUGUCGAGAAGUCAUUCUCUCUUCUUUCUCUUCUUGAAAAGAUCCUUCCAGUCUACAAGGAAGUGGUGGCUGAACUGAAGGCAGCUGGUUCUUCCUGGAUUCAAUUUGAUGAGCCCACCCUUGUUUUGGAUCUUCAUUCUCACCAAUUGGAGGCAUUUACUUAUGCCUACUCUGAGCUAGAAUCAUCUCUUUCUGGCCUUAAUGUUCUCAUUGAGACCUACUUUGCUGAUGUUCCUGCUGAAGCAUACAAAACCCUCACUUCUUUGAAGGGUGUUACUGGAUUUGGGUUUGACUUCGUUCGUGGACCUCAGACCAUUGACUUGAUCAAGGGUGGGUUCCCUUCAGGCAAAUUUCUCUUUGCUGGAGUAGUUGAUGGAAGGAACAUUUGGGCUAAUGAUCUUGCUUCUUCUCUGAAUACCUUGGGGGCUCUUGAGGGUAUAGUGGGCAAAGACAAACUUGUGGUUUCUACUUCCUGCUCACUUCUCCACACUGCUGUUGACCUUGCAAAUGAGACCAAAUUGGACAAGGAACUUAAGUCAUGGCUAGCAUUUGCUGCACAAAAAGUUGUUGAAGUCAAUGCCUUGGCCAAGGCACUGGCUGGUCAAAAGGAUGAGGAAUUCUUUUCUGCUAAUGCCGCUGCUCAGGCUUCUAGAAAAUCAUCUCCAAGAGUGACCAAUGAGGCUGUUCAAAAGGCUGCUGCUGCUUUGAAGGGCUCUGAGCACCGCAGGGCUACAAAUGUUAGUGCUAGAUUGGAUGCUCAGCAGAAGAAGCUGAACCUUCCAGUACUCCCGACUACUACCAUUGGGUCUUUCCCCCAGACAGUGGAACUUAGAAGAGUCCGCCGUGAAUACAAGGCUAACAAAAUCUCAGAGGAUGAUUAUGUUAAGGCCAUCAAAGAGGAAAUCAGCAAGGUUGUCAAACUCCAGGAAGAGCUUGACAUUGAUGUAUUGGUACACGGAGAGCCUGAGAGAAACGACAUGGUUGAGUACUUCGGUGAGCAGUUGUCUGGCUUUGCCUUCACUGUCAAUGGGUGGGUGCAAUCUUACGGGUCCCGUUGUGUCAAGCCACCCAUUAUUUACGGUGAUGUAAGCCGCCCCAAGGCAAUGACUGUUUUCUGGUCCUCUUUGGCUCAGAGCAUGACUUCCCGCCCAAUGAAGGGAAUGCUGACUGGUCCUGUUACAAUUCUCAACUGGUCUUUUGUUAGAAAUGACCAGCCCAGAUUCGAGACUUGUUACCAAAUUGCUUUGGCCAUCAAAGAUGAAGUUGAGGAUCUUGAGAAAGCUGCUGUCACUGUCAUCCAAAUUGAUGAGGCUGCCUUGAGAGAAGGUUUGCCUCUCAGGAAGUCUGAGCAAGCUUUCUACCUGGACUGGGCUGUCCACUCCUUCCGUAUCACCAACUGCGGCGUCCAAGACACUACCCAGAUCCACACGCACAUGUGCUACUCCAACUUCAACGAUAUCAUCCACUCUAUCAUUGACAUGGACGCUGAUGUUAUCACCAUUGAGAACUCCCGAUCUGACGAGAAGCUCCUCUCGGUCUUCCGUGAGGGUGUCAAGUACGGCGCUGGCAUUGGCCCUGGUGUCUAUGAUAUCCACUCCCCCAGGAUCCCGUCUACAGAAGAGAUUGCAGACCGCAUCAACAAGAUGCUUGCAGUUCUUGAGACCAACAUUCUCUGGGUCAACCCUGAUUGUGGGCUCAAGACGCGCAAGUACUCUGAGGUCAAGCCUGCACUCAGCAACAUGGUUUCUGCCGCCAAGCUCCUUCGUACCCAGUUGGCUAGUGCCAAGUGAAGGGGAGGAGUUAACUGUCUACACAAGUGCCUCCAUACUAAAAGGGGAAAUAACUUUUGGCUUUGUUUUGAGAAUGGUGUGAAUGUACUACAUUAGGGAUACGCUCUUUGGAGCAUCUUAGGCUUAGGUCAGCCCCAUGGGCACUUUUUCUUUUGUAAUUUUUUCAAUAUGCUUUGUGUUGAGGCUUUUUGUUCUAUGCUUCUAUCAAGUAUCAACAUCAUUGAAGAGGCAAGUAAGGGCAAUUAGGUGCUUUCUUGUGUUCCUUAUCGCAUUGAAAUCUAAGAACAGCCAUAUGGCUAUUCCGUAGCGCAUUCGCUACUCUUCUGUAACUCUUUAAUGGUACCAAAAGAAAUAUAUCUUAGCACUA